AUGGUUGGUGUUAGUUUGAUAACAGGUGCUGCUCGAGGAAUGGGUCGUGCAAUUGCUCUUCGUCUUGCUAAAGAUGGUUUUAAUGUAGCUAUUAAUGAUCUCGAAGCUAGUUCUGUUGAACUUGAAAAAGUAGUAGUUGCAAAUGCCGGAAUCUGUAAAUUACAACCACUCAUAUCGAUGAGUGAAGAAAAUUGGGAUCGUGUUUUUGCAGUAAAUAUGCGUGGUGUUUUUCUUUGUUAUAGAGAAGCAGCAAAAAUCAUGAUUAAACAAGGUACUGGUGGAAGAAUAAUUGGUGCUUGUAGUAGUGCUGGAUAUACAGGAUAUCCAUUAUUAAGUCAUUAUUGUGCGACAAAAUGGGGUGUGAGAGGUCUUACACAAUCUGCUGCUAUGGAGUUAGCUGCACAUAAAAUAACAGUUAAUACUUAUUGUCCAGGAUUUAUUGAAACACCAUUAACCGAUGGUACUAAUAAAGAAUUUGCAGAACUUCGAGGAAAGACAAUAGAAGAGGUGAAGAAAGAUUUUGUUAAUGGUAUUCCACUUCGUCGAACAGGACUUCCAAAUGAUGUUGCAAACUUAGUUUCAUUCCUUGCAAGCAAACAAGCAGAUUACAUUACUGGACAAAAUAUUUUAGUUAAUGGAGGAUUGGUUUUGUCUUAA